GAGAUCUACCAUCACAAUGCCAGCUAGGAUCGAAAACACACCUGCGCCCAUGGAUGAGGCCCCUCUCACAUUAGACCACCUCCUCCGCCUAAGAGCCUCCCAAAUCCCUGACACCCCAGUCCUAGCCUACCCACACAACAAGAAAGACUACACGCAAUACACAGCACCCCAACUAAACGCCUUGGCCUACCGCGCAGCAAGGCACUACAAAAAGUCAAUAACCCAACGCACCUCAUCCGAGACCCCGGAGAAGGUGGUCGCCCUUCUGGGCAUCUCCAACUUCGACUAUGUCAUUUCCCUACUAGCCCUAGCGAAACUAGGCAUGACGGCGCUACUGCUCUCCACCAGAAUAUCAGACGAAGCAUACAGACAUCUCCUCAACAAGGCCGGGUGCUUGCACAUCAUCGUCCAGCCAGCAUUCGAGAAAACGAUGGAGCGGGUGCGGAGCGGGCACGACAGCGCGGUGAAUGUGGUCCGUAUGGCUUCGCGGGGGGUGUAUGAGCCGGAGGCGGAUCCCAAGGAGAAGGGUCUGACGCUGGAGGAUAUGAGGUUCGAUACUGAGCUCGACAUGGAGGUGGAGAAAUCCAGGAGUGCGCUCAUCAUCCACUCAAGCGGGUCCACGGGAUUGCCGAAACCGAUUAGUAAGUGUGAUCAUACGAACCCAGCGGUUACCGCGAAGGCAGAUUGAUAACUCAUGAUUUGAUUUGUGCGCAGGUCAAACGCAUCUUGGGAUCAUCAAUGGUGCAUUUGGGAUGUCCAGGCAUCUGGCUACGACAUUCUCAGCACUGCCAAUUUUCCAUAUUUAUGGUAUUAUGGUCCUGUUUGGCGCCAUCUAUACUGGAAAGGUCACUUCUUUUAUUAGCGCAGAACAGCCCAUCACUGGGAAGAAUAUGAUCGCGGGAUUAAAAGCCACCAGGCCAGGGAUGCUCCAUUCAGUACCUUACACACUGAAAAUGAUUGCUGAGAUGGGCGGAGGCAUUGAAGCCAUGAAGAUGUGCAAGUUUGUUGGUUGUGGUGGGUCCGCAUGUCCAGACGAAUUGGGCGACAAGCUUACCGCCGCUGGUAUUACACUCGUGAGUUACUACGGAUCGUAAAUCUCCCCUUCCCCUGCGCCAUUCUCUAGAGUAGAGAAUACGAUUGACUAAAACGGCAAAACAGAAGCGAAGGAGGGGCCCUCCUCAACUCCUCCCGCCCCGAGUCCGACAAGGAGUGGAGCUACCUCAAAGCCAUCCCGCACGCCCUUCCCUAUAUCCGCUGGGAUAAGAAUAAUGAAGGCAUGUAUGAGCUCGCCAUCCUCCCCGGAUGGCCUUCGAAGGUCUUGACCAACAACCCCGAUGGUUCAUACUCCACCCGCGACCUCUGGCAGCGACAUCCUACCGACCCACUCAAGUGGAAGUAUGUCGGUCGUCUCGAUGACACUAUCGUUCUUUCAAACGGAGAGAACGCCACCCCCGUUGCUCUCGAGGGCUCGGUGAGGGACAAUCCAUACGUCGACCAGGUUGUCUGCGUCGGUGUUCAACAACCCACUCUGGGACUCCUAGUUAUCCCUUCUGAACGAGCCAUUGGAAUGUCCCGUGCGGCGAUCAUCCAGAAAAUUUGGCCGUCUGUCGAAGCUGGGAAUUCUCGUAUGCCAGCUUACGCUCAGAUUUCCGCCGAGAUGAUCGGCUUCCUGCCAAUCGGGACUCCCUACCCGACAACAGACAAGGGCACCGUGAUCCGUCCUGCGUUCUACAGGACCUUCCAGGUGCAGAUCGAGUCUAUGUAUGCCAGAUACGAAGAGAGCAACGCCUCUGGAGGCGCUUCCCUCUCAGAAGAGGAAUUGAAAGCAUACGUCCGCAACACGAUCACCAAGGCCCUAAAACUCGAAGACGCCACCACCCUCACCGACGACACAGACUUCUUCUCCCUUGGCCUGGACUCCCUCGAAUCAAUGCAAAUCCAAGGCAGCAUUCGUCGGGAACUCAACACGAGGAAGCAAAUCGGCCAAAAUGUAGUCUUUGAAAAGCCGACCGUGAGGAAACUAGCGAGGCAUUUGUACCGUCUUCGCACUGGAGAAGCUGAGAAGGAGGACGAUGGUCAGUCCCAGAUCGAAAUUAUGAAGGGGCUAGUGGAGAAGUACUCGCACUUUGAACAACACGUUCCCGCGAACUCUGAUAAGCAGGGCGACUACAUCGUAAGCCUCCCCCUCUAUAAAAAGAUGAGAUGUCACAAAACUAACCAUUCCCAAGAUCGUAACUGGCGCAACUGGCUCGCUGGGCGCACAUCUAGUCUCCCAACUCGCCACAAAACCCAGCACGCUAAAAGUCUACUGUCUCGUCCGGGCCAAGGACCAGCCCAGCGCACAUGAGCGCACGAUCCAAUCCCUAAAGCUCCGCCGGACAUAUGAAGACCUAUCGGCGGCCUCCCUCUCCAAGAUCAUCGCUCUGCCUUCUGACCUCAGCGACCCACACCUCGGCCUCUCGGAAGACGUCUAUGCCGAGCUCCUAGACAGCAUCAACAUCGUCAUCCACUGCGCCUGGCAGGUGAACUUCAACAUGGACGUCAGCUCCUUCGAGAGCGCGCACAUCAAGGGCUCGCACAACCUUAUGACGCUAUGCCUGAAAUCCCGUCGCUCGGGUCCAGCCUCGUUCAAUUUCUGCUCGAGUAUCUCAUCCGUUGCGAGUACCCCCGGUGCGGUGACUAUUCCCGAGACACAGCCGAAGUACGAGGGUGCUAUGCCGAUGGGGUACGCGCAGUCCAAGCUAGUCACAGAGAAGUUGUGCAAUGCAGCCGCCGGAAGAACAACCCUAUCGGCGAGGGUGCUAAGGAUCGGACAGAUCAGUGGUGAUACCAGGUUUGGGGUUUGGAACGCGACGGAGGCGAUCCCGCUUACUGUUCGCUCAACGAAGACGCUUGGUGCCUUGCCAGCACCGGUGAAUGAUGAGGUUAUGUCUUGGGUUCCGGUCGAUGUUGCUGCCGGGACUAUUAUUGACAUCUCCUGCCUUCCUCCCAUUGCCCAGAAGGAAGCCCCGGUGUUCCAUGUCUCGCACCCAAAACUACUCUCUUGGAACAACGACUUCUUGCCAGCGCUCAGAGCCGCCGGACUCGAAUUCGAGAGUGUAAAGCCCACGGAAUGGGUCAGGAGACUCAAGGCCGUCGCUCAGGACGCCGACGUUAACCCUGAAAUUAAGCUCUUGGAGUUCUUUGAGGGGAAGUACGCUGCUGACGAGGUUAGGAAUGCACCGUACUUUGAGACUGUGAAAGCGUGUGCGGCUUCUGGAGUUCUUAGCGGUGUAGAAGAUGUCAAGGGCGAUGUCGUGGGAAGGUAUUUGGAGUUUUGGAGGCAGGGUUGGUGAAUGGCAUGAUGCCCCGGAAAUGUAAAUUUUUAGGUUCCGCUUUUUUUGUUGGUUAUGUUCCCACGAUCAGUGUUUGGUUAUUCCUCCCCAAUUUAUUUGUGUAUUAUAUUACGGACAUCACAUUAUGAGACUUCUACGAUUUUUUAUUAAUGGUUUUAGGUGUUCGUGAAGUGGGUGCGAUGAUUGCCUGCUAGAUUCCACUCGCCGAGGCUAGGUAAAUUAAGUAAGCAAGCUGGGCUGUUCCAGACUACCGUACUGAGCAGCGGAUGUAGCAUGAUCUGAUGGACUACUGGAAACGCACACACCAAUUACACGGCGUCCGUCAGAAGACGCUGUAGAUAAUACUGAUAGAGAGCGCCUCAUUCAUACGGUAGUUCCAGUCUUAAAUAAACUUAAAAACCCCAAUACUUGAAAGCAGAAGAAAGGAAGAAAAGCCGAGGGGCU